UUAUGCUCUCACACGAGGCAUUUGUGUGCAAUUUUCACAAUCAUAGAUAACCGAGGAGGCCAGGAAACCUUGCGCAGCCAAGAAGCUUGCGAGACGCCGCACGCACGGCUUUUUGUUGCGCGUGCAUAUUGCCCAAUCGUCUCAAAUAACUGUUAACUGUUGUCCCUAGACGGCUUCGCGCGAGACCGGGCGCACCUUCCCGCCGCCUAGCCCAGCCUUCACCCCUCCACCACGACCGGCAGCGGCAGCUCCCGCUAGGGGGCGCGCCCUUUCAAGCGGCGCCAGCUCGCAGCUUCUCCGGAGCUAGUAGCAGCAGUUGACAGCUGCCACGCUAGCACUUCAAGUAGCCCACUAUGGCCGCGCCGGCCGCGGGCGCCGCAGCGGCGCCGGUGACGGACGACGUGGACGCUGAGGCCUUCAAGCGCCUCUACCCGGACCAGUACUACCAGCGCUUCCUGGCAGAGGGCGUGCGGCCCGACGGCCGGCCCAUCGGCCGCGCGCGCGCCGUGACCAUCGGCGCCGGCACCAUCACCACCGCUGACGGCUCGGCACUGGUCAAGGUGGGGCGUACCACGGUGCUGGCCGGCGUGCGGCUGGAGAUCAUGCGGCCGGACGAGACGGCACCGGCCGCCGGCGCGCUGGUGCUCAGUGUGGAAAUGGCGCCCUUCUCCUCCGCGGACUACCGGCCCGGCCGGGCGCCGGACCACGUCAGCGCGGUGGUGGAGAAGCUCAGCUCCGCGCUGUUGGGCUCGGGGGCGGCGUCCAGCGCAGGGGCGGCAGCAGGGGCAGCGGGGCCGGCGGGCGGCGGCGGUGCGGUGCAGCUGGGCAGCCUGUGCAUCGCGGAGGGCAAGGCGGCGUGGCGCGCGCUGCUGGACGUGUACGUGCUGGACGCCGACGGCUGCGUGCUGGACGCGGCGCUGCUGGCGGCGGUGGCGGCGCUGCGGGACACGCGCAUCCCGGCCGUGCGCAACACGCGCGAGGGCCAUUACUACGCUGCGCGCGGCGCGUCUGCAACAGCAGCGGCCGAAGAGGGGAAGGAGCAGGGCAGCGGCGGGCGGAAAGGCGGCAAGGCAGGGGAGGCGGGGCUGGUGGAGGGCUCGCCCACGGCCGUGGGGCUGGGGCGGCUGCCGCUGGCGCUGACGUGCUGCCUGUACGGCAAGCACGUACUGGUGGACCCCACGGCGGACGAGGAGCGGCUGGCGGGAUGCGGCGUGACGGUGGUGGUGGACGGGGCGGGGCAGCUGCAGGGUCUGUACAAGGCGGGUGGGCGGGUGCUGGCGGACACGGCCACGCUGGUGCGGUGCACGGAGGCGGCGCGGUUGCGGCACCGCGAGCUCAGCGCGCUGCUGGAUGCCAGCCUGGUGGGGCAGUAGCGGCGGGCGGAACGGACUGGUAGACGUCUGUUAGUUUGUGUGGGCUUGGUGGUAUGCAACGUGUCAAGUGAUGGUCAGGGCAAUGAGGGCAGGCGGCAUUGCCUUGGACAGAAGACUUGCGUGACCAAGGAGUUUGAGGACAAUUGAAUGGGGCUCUGCCCGUCGACGUGCACAGGCGUCAACUUUACGGAUAGCGCUGAAAGGUGUGUGGUCGGUUGGAACGGGGAUGCUGGAUACACAGGCAUGUACUAGACUGGAAUAGCGGCGAU